CCUAAUUGGAUCCUGAAUGAGUGAGUGAAUCCCCCUCCUUCUCAUCGAGCUUCAGAAGUGAAGUGAGAACUGGGAACGCCUCUCUGACUCUCUCACGGGUUCUCAUCGAGCUCGUCGUCCGGUCGUCCAUACCUCCGUCGAGCCACCGCGUCGAGCCACCGCCGUCGAUCGUUCGAACAGCCACUUAAUCGCGCAGCAGCCGUCGUUCCUCCCCUUCCAUCGCGCAGCCUCCCUGGGAAACGUCGAAGCCUCCGUCGCGCAGCCACCCUAGCUCUGUUGGUCACUCGGCUCAAAGGUGCUCCCUCUUGCAUGCUCUGUUGAAGGCGUCUUCGAGCUUCCAGGUAAUUUUUUGAACUGUGAACUGAAGGCGUCUUGGUCACUCUGCUCCUUGUCUCUGUCCCUCGUUACAAUGAUUGUUUGAUUGAAUAACUGUUGCAUGUCUCUGUCUCCCUAAUGAGUAUGAUUUAAUAAUUGUUUGAAUCUAUGAGGCUCUGUGAACUGAAGUCACUGAAGUCUGAUAUACUGAUAAUCUGAUAUAGUGAUACUGAACUGUGAAGUGUGAAGGUUGUGAAGCUCUGUGAAGUGUGAACUGAACUGUGAACUUUGUUUAAUAAUUGUUGUUUACUGAACUGAUCUUUCUUUUACUGAACUGAAUUUUGUUGUUUGUUGAAUAAUUGUGAAUAAUUUUGAAUAAUUUUGGAUGUUGUUUUUUGUGAACUUGAGAUUAUUGGGUUGGAGUGGGUUGUGAUAUUGUAGAUUGUAAUUGGAAAAAACCAUUUUUGGAUUUCUGUGGAGUACUUGGAUUAUUGAAUUUGAAUGUCUCUGUCUCUCUGAAGUCUGAAUGAGUGAUUUGUGAUUUUGAAUGUCUCUGAUUACUUGAUUAGUGAUUUGUGUUUUGAAUCUGAAAUUUGUGAUAACUCAUAACUGAUAAAUAAUUUGUUCUGCUGUUGUUGCCGAUUUUAAAUUUAUGUUAGUUCUUGGUAAACUCAUAAGUCAUAACAUUGAACUGUGACGUUUUCCCUCAAAUUAAUUUUGGUUGAUGUGAGAUAAUUGAUGUUUAGGGUACAAAGUGGAAACCUGCGACCUCCAAAGUGGAAACCUGUUUUUAAUGGAUUUGUUUGUUGAUUUUUGGUUCUGUUAUGUUAUGCUUUUCAUUUGGUAAUGGUGUUUAUGAUUGGAUUUAUCUGCAGCAAGUUAUGGAGGAUUUUGAUGAUUGAUGACAAACUUGGAUCAUUUUGAUUUGCCAUGUUAUGUUUGAUUGGUUGUUUUGUUUUUUGACUUUUGAAUUUGUAUUUGAAUGAGAUUAUAACAUUCGAGUUUAUGUAGUGCUUUUAAUUUGAAUGAUAUUUUAAAGUUUAAUUAGACUAUAAUUAUAUUUUAAUGUGUUUAUUUAUUAUUUUAUUAUAAAACGGUUUUUCGGUUCAAUCACGCUCGAACCGGUUGAACCUAUGAACCAGUGAACCAGUAGCUAAAGCGGUUCGAUAACCGGUUCGGUUCUCAGAACCUUGAUCAGCUCAUUCACAACCAACCAACCCAGCAAAGUUCAAAAUCACCCAACCAAACCCUAGGUUCUCCCUGCAACGGUUCUGCCGUAGUGCCGCCGCCAUCCAUGCUGUCAGCGCCUCCGCGUCCUCUCUUGUAGCCCAGGCCCUCUCUUGUAGCUCGGCGUCCUUCUUCCCGCUGUCCCCGUCCUCCCUGGCUUCUCUGUUCGAGGCUUGGAGCAGCUCGCCGUCGUUUCACCGGUUGCCGUCCGUGUCUCCGUCGAAGCACGCAAUACGCAUCUAUGCAAUAGAAGCAUUAACAAGGUGGUUUUGUUUGUUUGUCAAUGCGUCUUGCAAUUGCACCUCAAGUCCAAGGUUUCUUAUUCUUAAGACCUUAUUCACUCACCAUUCAGCACUGCCCUUCCCCUUCUCCUCCUUCCAUCUCACAAGUCUACGACGACCUUCUCCGCAUUUGCUUCCGCUUACAACAAACUAAAACUAAUCCCCAUCACCAUCACGACUACCAUGUGUUCGACAAUAUUCCCAACCACGGCGACGGGGAAAUGGCCAAAGUUGUUCAUGCACACGCCAUCAAACACGACAUUUCCUCUGAUGGCUUCCUCGCAAGUGCCACCAUCGAUCUCUACGCCACUGCUGGCAAUGUCCCUUUCGCUCAGAGGCUCUUCCACCAGCUCCAUCCCCGUCAAAGACAUUUAUCCGCUUAUAAUUCUAUCAUUUCCAUGUACUCAAGGCAGGGGUUAUUCCAAAAUGCACUCCGUUGUUUCGUUUCUAUGAUGCGUUUUGGCCAGUUGCCUGACCAAUUCACGCUCGCUAUAGCUCUCUCUGUUUGUUCAAAGCUCAGGAAUGUUGAAUUCGGCACGCUGCUUCACUCAUGCGUGAUCAAGGUAGGUUUUGAGUCCAAUCCGUUCUGCCAGGGUGCUCUUAUCGAUCUCUAUGCCAAAUGCGGCUUUCUCCGCCAUGCUAGCGCCAUAUUUGACGCCGCAGUCCACUUGGACACUGUUUCUUGGACGGCUUUGAUUUCUGGUUAUGUUCGAGCCAGGCUGCCGCAGGACGCCCUCCAGGUGUUUGACAAAAUGCAGAUAGCUGGCUGCUCUCGUGACCAGGUGGUUUUUGUGACUGUUCUCAAUGCUCUUGUGAAUUUGGGUAAGCUGGAUGAUGCCUGUAAAUUGUUCCGAGACAUGCACACUAGCAAUGUUGUGGCAUGGAAUGCGAUGAUCUCUGGUCAUGCUAAGAGGGGCCAUCAUAAGGAGGCCAUUGAGUUCUUUCUCGAAAUGAGGAAGUGUGGUAUAAAGUCCUCAAGGUCCACGCUGGCAAGUGUUCUUAGUGCGAUUGCCAGCUUAGCUGCGUUGGAUUAUGGGUUACUAGUCCAUGGAGAGGCUAUCAAACAAGGUUUGGGUUCUAGUAUAUAUGUGGGAAGUUCUUUGAUCAGUAUGUAUGGGAAGUGCGAAAUGUUAGAUGCUGCAAAGCAAGUAUUUGAUGUCAUGUCUGAGAAAAAUAUGGUCACUUGGAAUGCCAUGCUGGGAGUUUAUGCACAGAAUGGUUAUUUCAAUCAUGUAGUGGAGCUAUUCCUUAAUAUGACACGACGUACCAUUGAACCGGACGAAUUUACCUUCACUAGCAUUUUGAGUUCAUGUGCUUGUUUUGAAAGCUUAGAAAUUGGUCGUCAGGUGCAUUCAGUUGUUAUCAAGAGAAGUUUUGCAAACAAUUUAUUUGUGAACAAUGCAUUGGUAGAUAUGUAUGCCAAGGCUGGGGAUUUGAAGGAAGCUAGGAAACAAUUUGAGCGCAUGAAAACCCGAGAUAACAUUUCUUGGAAUGCCAUUAUUGUUGGAUACGUGCAGGAAGAAGAGGAAACUGAUGCUUUCAAAAUGUUCAACAGAAUGAGGUUACAUGGCAUAGUACCUGAUGAAGUAGCUUUGGCAAGCAUACUUAGCGCUUGUGGAAAUGUUAAGCUAUUAGAAGCAGGAUUGCAGUUCCAUUGCCUGGCAGUUAAGUUGGGAUUAGAAACAAACCUUUUUGUUGGAAGUUCUCUUAUUGACAUGUAUUCUAAAUGCUGCUCCAUUGAAGAUGCACGAAAAAUCUAUUCUAGAAUGCCUGAAUGGAGUGUGGUAUCCAUGAAUGCUCUGAUUUCAGGAUAUGCUCUGAAAAAUAUAAAAGAAGCUAUUAAUCUUUUUAGUGAGAUGCUGGCAUUGGGGCUCAAGCCAUCUGAAAUUACAUUUGCAAGCCUGAUAGAUGCUUGUAAGGGUUCUCAGGUAAAUCUUGGGUUGCAGAUCCACUGUGCUAUAGUUAAGAGGGGUCUUUUAUGUGGUAGUGAGUUCUUAGGUACCUCUUUGUUGGGCAUGUAUAUGGACUCACAAAGGAUUGCAGAUGCCAACUUACUUUUCUCAGAGUUUUUGAACCUUAAAAGCAUUGUUAUGUGGACUGCUUUAAUUUCUGGUUAUACUCAAAAUGAUUGCUGUUACAAGGCCAUAAAUUCAUACCGAGAAAUUCGGGACAACAGUAUCUUCCCUGACCAAGCAACAUUUGUUUCAGUUCUUCGAGCUUGUGCUCUCUUAUCGGCAUUGCAAGAUGGGAAAGAGAUACAUUCUCUAAUAUUCCAUACUGGUUUUGACUUGGAUGAGUUAACCAGCAGUGCACUCAUAGUUAUGUAUGCUAAAUGUGGGGAUGUAAAAAGUGCUGUGCAAGUUUUUGAAGAAAUGGGUACUAAAAAGGAUGUGAUUUCUUGGAACUCAAUGAUAGUUGGAUUUGCAAAAAAUGGUCAUGCAGAAAGCGCUCUGAAGGUCUUCAAUGAGAUGGCUCACGCAUGUGUUACACCAGAUGAUGUCACAUUCCUCGGAGUGCUCACUGCUUGCAGCCAUGCAGGGUGGGUUUUCGAGGGCCGUCAAAUUUUUUAUUUCAUGGUGAACUGUUAUGGCAUUGAACCCAGGGCUGAUCACUAUGCUUGCAUUGUGGAUCUUCUUGGUCGUUGGGGUAAUCUCAAAGAAGCUGAAGAGUUCAUCGACAAACUAAAUGUUGAACCGAAUGCUAUGAUUUGGGCCAAUUUAUUGGGAGCUUGCCGAAUUCAUGGCGAUGACAUAAGGGGAGAGCGAGCAGCUAAGAACCUUAUUAAGUUAGAACCUGACAAUUCUUCCCCAUAUGUAUUGCUUUCUAAUAUGUAUGCUGCAUCAGGACAUUGGAAUGAAGCUAGAUCUUUGAGGAGAACUAUGAUACAAAAAGAAAUCCAAAAGAUGCCUGGGUGUAGCUGGAUUGUUGUAGGACAAAAGACAAACUCAUUUGUUGCAGGAACUGUAAGGUUUAAUCUUGACCCUUUUAAUGAACACAAUGAUGCUGACCUCUGGGAGGCUCUGGAGAGGGCACAUUUGAAGGAUGUCAUUUGGAGGAAUUCUUUGGGGCUGGAUGCUGAGGUCUCUGAGGCAGGCAAGAACUUCAGUGUUGGGCAGAGGCAACUGUUGAGUCUUUCUCGGGCAUUAUUGCGUAGAUCAAAGAUAUUAGUACUUGACGAAGCCACUGCAGCAGUAGAUGUUAGAACAGAUGCCCUCAUACAGAAAACAAUUCCAGAGGAAUUUAAAUCAUGCACCAUGAUCAUCAUUGCUCAUCAUCUUAACACAAUCAUAGACUGUGAUCGGAUUCUUUUGCUUGAUGGUGAUAAGGAGCCGCAAAUGCCCAAUAUCUACGCAGCUUAGCAUUCGGG